CUCAAAUCUUUCAAAGUCAAAGAUGAAGGCUGCAGCAAGGAUUAUAAAAAGAAAAAAUAUAGUUUGGCAAAAUCCUUUCCUUGGUAAUAUCAAUUCAAAGCUCACAAGUCAAUGUCGCUUGUCCCACCAUUGGCCGCACUGUUUCUCAUUUGUAAGCCCAGAACAAGAAAAAUAAACGAUCUGCACAGGUUUUUUUUUUUUGCGUCGCAAUUUGAUAGAAAAAAUGAAACUAAUGAGCUUGUUGGAUGAGGAGAAAGAAGAAGAAAACCUAAGAGAGAUAGCAAGACAGAAAAGGCUCAACGAAGCAGCCAUGAAAGGAUCAGUUACCUCACUCCUUGAGCUGCUCCAAGAAGACCCUGAUAUCCUCAAAAAAGCCACCUCAUCUCUUUCGGACACACCUUUACACAUAGCAGUUCUUCUUGGUCACUCCGCUUUUGCCAAACAACUAUUGACUCAAAAGCCAGAGCUUGCAACAGAAUUAAACAUCCAUGGUUAUUCACCUCUUCACGUGGCAGCAACAAAAGGGUGCGUGGAAAUAGUGAAAGAAUUGUUGUUGGUGAACCCUGACAUGUGUUUGGCCAAGGAUCGUGAUGGUAAGACUCCCCUGCAUCUUGGUGCGAUCAAGGGUCGAGUUGAGGUAUUAAACGAGUUGAUCCAAGUCAGACCGGAGGCGACUCGGGCGUUGACCGGUGGAGGAGAGAGUGGACUCCACUUAGCUGUGAAGAACAAUCGUUUAGGAGCAUUGAAGGUUUUGGUAGAAUCUGUGAGAAAAGAUGACCAGUUUGUGAAUUGGAGAGAUUCUGAAGGGAACUCUGUCCUGCAUAUAGCUGUGGCCAGGAAACAGUUAGAGAUGAUAAAAUAUUUACUCACUGAUACCAAGAUAGAAGUAAAUGCUCGAAAUGCAAAUGGCUUCACCGCCCUGGAUCUUUUAUUACAUAGUCAAAGGGAUUUAAGAGAUAUGGAAAUUAAAGAUUGCCUACAGAAAGCUGGAGCUUCAAGAAUGAUAAGUAAGGCUCAGUCCAUUGCCAAUAAUCAGGAUAUUGUCGAAGUUGUGCCCCCAAUACAGGUACAGCCACUAAUUCUUAAGGAAACUGAUUCCAAGCCGGUGGUUGAGAAACGUAAGCAUACUGAUUGGUUGGGAAGAAAACGAAGUGCAUUAAUGGUUGUAGCAUCGUUGCUUGCAACUGUGGCCUUUCAAGCUUCAUUAUCGCCACCUGGUGGUGUAUGGCAAGAUGAUUACUCGGUUGAUUCUGAUGGCAACCCUGCAGAGAAUCCACACAAAGCAGGCUUGUCUGUAAUGGCCUAUACUGAUCCAAGACAAUAUGAGGCGUUCAUGAUAAUGAACACAAUCGCUUUCCUUGCAUCAUUGAGCGUAAUUUUGUUACUCAUCAGUGGACUACCUAUGAAACGACGCAGGUUCAUGUGGAUUCAGAUGGUGAUUAUGUGGCUAGCAAUCGCAGCGUUUACUUCUACCUAUUUUGUUGCAUUGAUAGAAAUAACACCAAGACAAGUGAGAACUAUGCUGUUUCAUGUGACCAGAAUUUCACUAAUAAUAUGGCUGGGGAUGAUGGGACUCGUUUUUGUAGGUAAUGUCAUUCGGAUGAUCUUAUGGUUGCUUAGAAAGUACGGUUACAUCAAGCAAAAGGAGGAAGAGUAUUCACUUUAUGUAGAGGAUGAAGAGAAUGAUGAGUGAUGACCAGUGAGAAAAAAAUGAAAGUAAUUUGGGAGGUUUGCUUAAAUUAAACACCAUCAAAUCUUCAUUUGCAAUUGAAAAUCCAAGUGGAAAGAUGAUUCAAUCAGCAUUUAAGAUUAUCUCUGAUGUAAUAAUAGAAUUUCACUGGUGUAAUUUUUGCUGUCAUGUUUUGUCAACAUUAUUAUUAUCAGGGGCCUUUUUUUUUUUUGGUAUCAUAAAUGUGUAAUUCAAAAGAUCAAAGCCUAAACCAUCUAGCUUUUGCUUGUUCAUUCUCAAAAGUACGGUGGAAAAGAUUUUUGUUUUCACAGAUAUUGAGCCAUAGAUUCUGCGGGUCAGACUCAGAACUCUGAAUAGA